AUGUCACCCACCGCUGUUGAUUCCACCCUGGUCGUACCCGUUGCGACCAAGGGCAAGGUGACUGCACCGCUGCAGACCACCGGGGCCCUGAAGGACCUCGAGUCCGUCGAGAUCAGUCCAAGUAUUGGCAGAGAAUAUCCCAAAGCGGAUCUCGCAGAGCUCCUCCGAGCACCCAACUCGGACGAACUCAUCCGCGACUUGGCAGUGACCAUCUCUGAGCGUGGUGUCGUGGUUUUCCGCGCGCAGGAUAACCUGACCAACGACCUGCAAAAGGAGCUGAUUGAGCGCCUCGGCCGGCUCACCGGCCGCCCGGCCGAGUCCGGCCUGCACGUCCACCCGCUGCUCAACCCGGGCCGGGAGCUCGGCGGGGACGAUCCCGAGAUCAGCAUCAUCAGCUCCGUGCAGCGCGAAAAGUACUACAAGGAGGAGACUAUCGACGGGCUGAGCACCAAGAAGCAGACGAAUGCGCAGUGGCACAGCGACAUUGCCUUUGAGCCUUUUCCCGCCGACUAUUCCUCCCUGCGACUCUCGCAGCUGCCCAAGACGGGCGGUGACACGCUCUUUGCCUCUGGAUACGAAAUCUACGACAAGCUCAGCGCGCCGUACCAAAAGUUCCUCGAGGGCCUGAGCGUCACCUUUGAGCAGCCCGGCUUCGGCAAGACGGCGACCAAGAACGGGUUCGCGCUCUGGGACAAGCCGCGCGGCAACCCCGCCAACGUCGGCACCGAGCUCAAGGCCGUCCAUCCCGUCGUGCGCACCAACCCCGUGACCGGCUGGAAGAGCGUCUUCCCCGUCGGCGGCCACGUCAAGCACAUCAACGGCGUCACCGAGGAGGAGAGCGCCCACCUGCUGUCCUGGUUCCUGGACCUCGUGUACAAGAACUACGACUUGCAGGUCCGACUGCGCUGGCAAAACCCCAACGAUAUCGCUAUUUGGGACAACCGUAGCACGUUCCACAGCGCCAUCUUCGACUACGAGGACCAGGGCGACCGUCUCGGUAUCCGCGCUGUUGGUAUCGGCGAGCGCCCGUUUUUCGACCCCCAGAGCUCGUCGCGCCAGGAAGCACUCGCGGCGCACAGGCAGUAA